AUUAAUAGAGAAUUAUACUAUAGGUGUCUAUACUUGAGGAUAAAAUUAAAUAUAAUACUUGCCUUAUGUGAUUUCGAUGAAGUCUAAAUUGAAAAGUCGCCAGAUGGAAUUGAAUCCAAAAGUUUUUAAAUUACAAAAUUUUCAGCUUAAUAAUUCAGUGAGAUAAUUAUUUUUGUAAUUUCUCUAAAUUUACAAGGUGGAGCACGAAUAGUGGUAGUACAUUAUGACAUUUUUUGUGCAUUACAAAUGUGCGGCUUUGCCAUCGAAAACUUGCCUCGUGUCCACACUAAUGCGCCCCGACCCUAAUAUUGACAAGUGGGUAGCGAUAAGAUAUGACAAUCACGGAUGAACAUUCUGUGUAGGAGAGUCAUUUCAGAGUGGUACAAGUUGAAUAUUUCGUUUUAACCAUGUCAAAAAUAUUUAAUAUCGUAGGUUUUAUAUUGCUUUUAGAUUUAAAUAUCGGAAGUGAUGGCAAGGCCUAUUCAAUUUAUUGUCCAUUGACCACCAACCCAUCCGGACUCGGUAGGACGGCAUCCGGUUCAGUGCGAUGUGCUGAAGGAACCAGUGAAUUUAUUGCUCAAUGUUUCCACGAAGGAAGUUGGAUAUCAGGACACCUUAGUGCGUCCCACGGAAAGGCAUAUGUGGUCUCAGAGGCUGAACAAAUUAUUGAGUACGACACCUACAGAACACUGACGGUUCCGGAUUAUUGUGACAUCUCUUGGAGGGAACCCAGUGGAGAUUUAGCAACUGCUGUCAUCGUUGAUCCCAGUAGACCAGAUGAUGGAUACGUCACGAGGGGUGAGGCCGGGAUGCAAUCUUACUGUGCAACAUAUUUUCAGAAUAAGAAAAAUCUACUUCCGACCCCCGGGUCGCCCACAAUAAAUUGGGAAAGUGAGAUAUUAUUUUCCACCUAUCCUCCCCUGCAAGUAAAAUUAGUCGACAUAAAAUACGAAACAUCGUUCAUCCGCGAAUCCGACUCGGUUACUUCAGUUUUUGGUCAAGAGAAACUUGAGAUAGGUCAAGACCUUCCUAUAUCUUCUCAAAUUAAUAUAAACCAUAGCAAAUCUUUUAUUGAGAACUUCACGUUUUUCGAGGACGAUUUUAACUGGAUUGGGGUAGAAAAGGUUAGCGUAGCCUUUACCAUGCCGUUCACUCACUCAGAGCGGUUGCAAACGAUAUCCGUUCGAGAGAAAGAUAAUACCAUCAGUUUUGUAACACAAGACUCAUAUUCCACAUCAGGCGUAGUUACAAUUAACGCCCAGGCAACUUUUGAAAUAUGUUCGGUUGCUUAUAUUCUUGAACAGGUGGAAAUUCCGUUUCUUGCAAAUUUAAUAUUUGAGUCUGAUCGGGUGCCGGGGACACAUAUCCAACAUAUGUUGAAUAUUUGGGGAAGGACGACCGGAACAAUCGAUGAAAACGAUAGAGUUGUUGUCGGAAUAACAGGGAAACUCAAGGGACGAUUUGUUCUUAAUAAAGCACUAUAUAUGGAUCCAAUUGACUGGGUAAACUUUUCUACACUUUGUGCAAAACAUAAACGAGUUCAAUGAUUUUGAUGUAAAAAAUAUGUAUUUUAAGAAAAAAUCAAAAAUACUUGUCAAGUUUUAUUUAGUGCUACAAUUAGUUUUAUAUAUCUACAUAUAGUUUACAUACAUACAUAUGUAUAUAGUAGUUUAGUUUAUAUGUCACUUGUGGAAGAGCAUGGUUUCUACAUAUCUCCGAACUUGUUUGACCUUCAGCUAUACAUGAUCAUCAGCUAAGGUAAAGUAAAGUUUGUAUGAAAAGUAUCUUCAUGUUUGAGAUUUGGUCGCCGUUUGUUCUAUAUAUAGGUCAAUUUAUCUCGAUGCAUUUUUUACCACAUGAUUUAAGGCAUUUUCAGACGGUACUUCUUUUUUAUAUGUUACGCUUCUAAUAUUUAGUUAAUUAAUUAAUUAUUAUUUGACUUGACUUGAAAAUUAGGAGGUGCCUGAAACACGGCUGCAAAAGUUUUUUAAGACAACCCAAUGUCCGCUAGACCAAACAUAACAACAAAUAUCAAUAAGCAAGAGUUUCAUUUUUCUGAGUUUGUUAAUAUGAAUUUUGGAAUAUUUUGAUUUUGCCAAAACUUAUGUAUAAUACAUGAAAAAUUUACGUAUGUAUUAAAUGUUUAUAUAAGAAUCGAAAAUAAAUACCUUAUGGUAUUGAAACCUAACACGAUUCAAUCUACAUUAGAGUAAAUGACAGUAUUUGUCCAAAAUUAUAUAACCCUACAUUCUUAUUGAGGGCAUAAGCGCCUGUCGGCGCCCCUGAGAUUGGGCGCCACGGGCAAUUGCCCGGGUUGCCUGCCCCAAAAUCGGGGCCUGAUAGUGACACCGUUCGGUGACGAGCCUUAGGAAUUAGAAUUACUAGCUUUGGAUUAUAUACAUUUUCUUGUGCAAGCUUUCCGACGUAGCAAAUGUCAUAAAUACAAUUUAAUGCAACUCUACAGUUUAUUAUUUAUGGACAAACGCUAGUUAUUGUGUACAACUCCUCCUCUCCGAUAUUUGUACUCGGAUCGUCGUCAGACUUUAACGCGAUUAUAUGUCGACUUAGCCAUUUUUUAUUUCAUGAAAAAUUUAAAUAAAAGUGCAAGA